AUGGAACUUCAAGAUCCUUCAAUAUUAUCUGCCACUACAGCAGAGGGUACCACCUUUCCUGUGCCUCAGAGACCCUUUGUUACCAAAAAUUCAAAGAAUUCCGCUCAUACUAAUAAAAAUAAUAAUCAUUUUGACAGCAAGCUUGCAAUUAUCAAUCCAAUUAAUUCCUUUUUAGAUAAACUAGCAAAUUCUAACAACAAACUUAAUAGACCCCUUCAGACAUCUAUCUUAGACUAUAAACCCACCUCAAAUAAUGACUCAAAGAUCAUAUAUUCCAUAAACGAAUUAUUGGAAUUCAAAUCAAACGUCCCCACUCAAUUAAUUCGCAGUAAACUUGAUGAAUUGCCAUCAAGAAAGUUCUGGAGAUUACAUCAAAGGUUUAAUCCUAACUCAGACGCUAACUAUCACCACCAUCAUAUUCACGCUCAUGCAUACAACAAUAACAAUAACAAUAGCAAUAACAAUAGUAAAUCUGUAUCAAACCCUAAUAAUAAUUCAAACCCUAACAGUAACCCUAAUGGUAGAUUGGGUAAUAACAAUAGUGAUUUCUUAAGACAUGAGAGAAGGAACAGCAGAUCGAAGAAUAAGCUCCAUAAACAACAGAAUAAGCUUAGUAUGGCUUCAAAAAAUAGUAGUAUUGGUACAACUAAUGCUAAUGUUAACACUAAUAGUUCAGAUUUAGGUGAUAAAUUAUUAUUAAACGAUGAUAUCCUUGAAUUUGACGAUAAUUUUGUGCCAAGUGGAAAUUCAAUACAAGAUUUUGAACUUUGGAAAGCAAAAAUGAAAGAAAUUGAACAGAAUAAAGGUAAGAAUAAAAAUAAAAAUAAAAAUGACAUCAAUUCCAAUCUUCAGGAUACGAACACUACUAAUAAUAUCAAUAAUGACACUAAUAUCUCAUCCACUACUGUUAAAAAUGAUGUAUCCAGUAUAGAAAGACCUAUCUUGAAUAGAUCUUCAAGUAGAAUCUCAGAUUUCUUAAGACUAUCGAACGCUGAAUCUGAUGCAAAUAGCAAUAGUAAUAGUAUCAAAAAUAGCGAAAAUAAAUUGAGUACAGAAAUAACGUUUUCUUCUAAUAUAACUUCAGUUACAUUGGAGUCCACUUUAAAUCAAGGGUAUGGAAUCGGUAUUGAUCAGUCCUCGAAUAUCGUUAAUGUCUCUAGAAGCUCUUCUUCUAAGUUUUCUUCUUUCUUCAAUAGCAACACUAUACCUGCAAAGGACGUGGAUAGUGAUACUAAUAAAAGUAACAAUAAUAAUAAUCAAAUAGAUACUACUACUGCUACUACCAGUAACAAGACUAAAAGUGGUACUUCAAGAUUAAUGAAUUUCUUCAAAGAAACUUCUAGAUCAAACACCCCAGUUAGUGAAACAACAACUUUGCACGAUAAUAAUAGUAAUAGUAAUAGUAAUAGUAAUAGUAAUAGUAAUAGUAAUAAUCAAAGUAACACUCAAGGUAUCCCACAAGGAAACUUCAAUUUACCUGUACAAAAUCAUAUUUCUAUUGGACACCAGCAAAAUACAUCAAUUGGAUUGCCAUAUCCACCACAAACACAAACACAAGGUUUAAAUCAAAUCCAACAACAGCAGCAAUCUCAUCAAUACCAACAAAUUCCUUUGCCAACGAUGCAAGGACCAGCAAACAAUACGUUUUUCCAAGGUUUAUUGAAUAAAAAUAAAUCAUUGAAGAAUAACACUAAUAAUAAUAAUAAACUUGAAAAUAAUGAAGGUGAUAUAUCAAAUAAUUUAACUUCAACAGUUGAUAAUCCAUCAACUAUAGUGCCAACAAAUAAUAACGGUGUCCCAAGUCAUUGUAAUCAAAAUAAUAUGAAAAAUGGAAUGGGUAUUACCCCUCCACCCGGUAUGUUGCCUCCUCCACCCGGUAUGCCACCACAAAAUUUCCGUAUGCUGCCACCAAACAUGAUGGGACAUCCAAUGAUGCAAGGUAUGCAUCCUCCACCUCCACCUCCAGGUAUCAUGCAAUUUCCAUCUGGUCUUAUUAACAAAAAUAAAAAUAAGAAUGAUAUAGAUGACAAUGGCAAAGAUAAUAAUAAAAAUAUCAGCAAUAACCCACAACAAAGGUUUUAUCCUAUGAUGCCACCACCUAGUGGAUUCAUUCCAAAUAUGCAACAUUUGCCUCCGAAUACACAACAACAUCCUCAAUUCAUGCCAAAUAUGCCACAGUUCCCUCCACAUAUACAUAUGAAUGAUUCUAAUGUUAAAGACAGUAAUAAUACUGAUACCAAUAGCCAGAUUACUACUGAUCAUAAUGUUAACGUCAAUCAGCCAAAUAAUAAUGUUAAUAAUUUGCAAAGAUUUUUCCCUAAUAUGGCAACGAAUCCUUCACAAAUUCCAUUAUCUCAACAAAAAUAA